GAGGAAACACAUACUACUCUUCAACAGCUGAUGUGCAUCUGGAUCCGCAGAACAUUGGUGGGUUGUUGUGUCGAAUCGCUUUUGAGAAGAUUCGCACAGCUGCGACGGUAAACGCGAGGAGUUGAAGUGUCCUUCCACACAUAAUGGCUUCCCGUAAAAAGGUGCUGCUCAAAGUGAUCAUCCUAGGGGAUUCUGGAGUUGGGAAGACCUCUUUGAUGAACCAGUAUGUGAAUAAUAAGUUCAGUAAUCAGUAUAAGGCCACCAUUGGAGCAGACUUUCUGACAAAGGAGGUGAUGGUGGACGACAGACUGGUGACCAUGCAGAUUUGGGACACAGCCGGUCAGGAGCGGUUUCAGUCUCUGGGCGUGGCCUUCUACAGAGGGGCGGACUGCUGUGUGCUAGUCUAUGAUGUCACGGCGCCCACCACAUUUAAGACUCUGGACAGCUGGAGGGACGAGUUUCUCAUUCAGGCCAGCACGAGUGACCCGGAGAACUUCCCCUUUGUGGUGCUGGGCAACAAAAUCGACCUGGACAACCGACAGGUAUCAACAAAGCGAGCACAAGCUUGGUGCCAGAGUAAGAACAACAUCCCCUAUUUUGAGACCAGCGCCAAAGAAGCCAUUAAUGUGGAACAGGCCUUCCAGACCAUCGCUCGCAAUGCACUUAAACAGGAGUCGGUGGACAAAUAUGACUUCCCAGACGAGAUCAAACUAGGAAACGACAGACCUAUGUCUAACGGUGACAACUGCAGCUGCUGAAGGAAAACAAUGAAGCUGUGGAGGGACAAGAAACAGCCAACAUGAGAAAGGGAAAGAUCCAGGCCAGUCUUUUCUAGAGCUCCCUUUUCCUCCUUUGAAAACUCCAGGGUAUCAAAUGCAACGUGUGACUAUUGAACAUCUAUUCUCUUGCUGAACUCCAAGUCACAUGUUGAAGAAGUAUGGAGGAGCAGGAAGAGCUGUACAUCCUCUGACAAGUCCUACUAUCACUACAGCUGUCCAAGUAUUUCCAUCACUACUCUUGAUGUGCGAUUGUGUUUUAUUUUCUCUGAAAAUCCAGCCUGAUCUCAUGAAGAAACGUAACUAUUUUACGUAUUGUCAGAAAAGUGGCAAAUUCGUACGAAUUCAUAAUGUUUUAUUAGUGUGAAAAUGUAACAUUUUAAAGAGUGGCCUGCCCCCUAUCCUAACCUUAACCCUACUAAAAUUCCUUUAAGGAAACUAAUUUCACUCUGUGGCCAUCUUUGAAAUACCACUAAGGCAAUUCUGUUUGAAUGUGGAAACAUCAAAUUCUCCAAAACUAUUUGCCAAGUGGCUAAUCUGUAUAAAUUCAGAUGAUUGUAUUAGUGUGAAAAUGUAGAAUUUUAAAGAGUGACCUGCACCCAACCCAAAUCUUAACCCUACUAAAAUUCCUUUAAGGCAAGUAAUUUCACGUGGCGGCCAUCUUUGAAACACCUCUCAGGCAGUUCUGUUUGAAUGUGGAAAUAUCAAAUUCUCCAAAACUGUUUGCCAAGUGGCUAAUCUGUAUGAAUUCAUAUGAUUUUAUUAGUAUGAAAAUGUACAAUUUUGAAGGAAUGGUCUGCCCCCAACCCUAACCUUAAUCAUACUAAGAUUCCUUUAAGGCAAGUAAUUUCACUCUGCGGCCAUCUUUGAAAUGCCUCUCGGGCAGUUCUGUUUGAAUGGGGAAACAUUAAGUGACUAAUUAGUAGGAAUUCAUAUAAUUUUACUAGUAUGAAAAUGUUACAUUUUUAAAGAGUGGCCUACACCCAACCCAAAUCUUAACCCUGCCAAAAUUCCUUUAAGGCAAGUAAUUUCACGUGGUGGCCAUCUUUGAAAUGCCUCUCAGGCAAUUCUGUUUGAAUGGGGAAACAUCAAAUUCUCCAAAACUGUUUGCCAAGUGACUAAUUUGUAUAAAUUCAUUUGAUUUUAUUAAUAUUAAAAUGUAAAAUUUUUAAAGAGUGGCCUGCCCCCAAUCCUAACCUUAACCAUACUAAAAUUCCUGUUAGGCAAGUAGUUUCACUUGGUGGCCAUCUCUGAAACGCCGCUCGGGCAAUUCUGUUUGAAUGGGGAAACAUCAAAUUCUCCAAAACUGUUUGCCAAGCGUACAUUCAUAUUUGGAAUCAUCAAUAAAAUUAAAAAACUGUCUCAAAUGGAGUUCGAAACACAAAGUCUGCAUGUUUUAUCUAAUGUGCACUCAAAAGGAACAAGAUCAUGACACCAACUUCCUUUAAUAUCGCUUUCUGUUUACACAAUAUAAUCCUCUAAAUAAUGUCUCGCCUGAUUGUUUUGGUCGUCUGAAGUAAUUUUCCAACUUUUUCCCGACAGCAAAUCUCCUCUAAAAAUGACAGCAGCCUCUUUGUUUACAAGUUUGUGGGCGCUCAACUGGUCUCCGUCAUUGAGAUUUGCAGGAAUUACACUGUACAUUGCAUACAGAUUACAAAACUAGAGUACAUUGUUUUCAAGUGUAGUUGGUUCGUUUAAAAGACAAGAUUUCAAGCUUUACGUAGAUACAUUUCUCUUGUCUGUAAGCAAGUAUAGCUGGGUUUCACACAAUUCCUUCAUGUUGACCCAACACAAAUCGUUAACUUAAGUAAUUGUUUUUACAGAUUUAAGUGGAUUGAACAUAAAACAAUUAAGUUGUUCUGAAAAAAAACCCUUAAGAAUUGUGUUGUUUCAACUCAUUUUAUAUUAGUAGUUUAAACAAGAAGCAAAAGUCAUUUUUUGAGUGCCAGAGGGUUUGAUAAAUGUCGCAAAGUACACGCGUCUAUACAGAGCCCCUCCCCCGGAGAAUUGUCAGACUAUAGCGAUCAAUGAUUGGCUCCUUUACUACAAGGCGGGGCUUCAUUCGCCAAAUAUGGACAUAACAUUUUUCCCCAUUCAAAACUACAGGAGUGACAAGUCUUGUGUAUUCUUACUAAACUGUAUGAAUGAGAUCGUACAAGUUUAUACGAGUUAGCCCAGGCAUGGGCAAACUCGAUCCUCGAGUGUCCCUGCAGAGUUUUGCUCUAACACUAAUCAAACACACCUGAACACCCUAAUUAGUGUCUUCAAGAUCACUAGAAAGCUACAAGCAGGUGUGUUUGAUUAGGGUUGGUGCAAAACUAUGCAGGGACACCGGCCCUCCAGGAUCGAGUUUGCCCAUCCCUGAGUUAGCCACUAAAUUAAAAAGUUACGAAUUGUCGUGAGAUUGUGUUGGAAAAUCUGCUAGUUCAUUGUGCCUUUAGAUUUUGUAAGUAUUGGUUAUUAUUAUUGGUGACCAGUUCACUCCUUUGCUAAAUGCUUUGUUUCAAAAUCAUCCAUUAUAAAUGUAAUAGGGCUGGGAAAUUGAUCAAUUAAUUAAUAAAUAUUUUUAAAAAAAGACAAAAAGUGUAAACGAUCUUUCUGUGAUCAAUUUUAGAGUAAAAUGUUUUGGGUUUUUUCUAAAUCAGGUCAAAAUUAUGAUUAUGGAAAAUUAAAUCGAUAUUUUGCAUACUUUUAAAUGUUUCAGGAUUUUUUUUUAAUGCACGUACAAUUAUUGUGAAAAAAAAAAUCAUAUUUCUUCUGUGCCCAUAUUAGGGAGAACAAGCCUUGUUUUUGUUUUUAUAAUACAUUUUUACCGUAUUUUUACUUAUUUAAAAAUAGGUUUUACAUUUUUUUAAAUAAGUAAAAUACGGUAAAAAUAAGGUUAGAUUAGUUGAUGUGUUAACUAACAUAAACAUCACAUUUAUUGCAGUAUUUAUCCAUCUUUGUUUACGUUAAUGAAAAUAAAGGGGUUUGUUUAUUCAUAAAUUUUUUAUUUUCAGCUUAGUCCCUUUAUUAAUCUGGGGUUGCCACAGCGGAAUAAACCACCAACUUAUCCAACACGUUUUACGCAAUGGAAGCCCUUCCAGCUGCAACCCAUAUACAAUCACACGCAUACACUACGGCCAAUUUAGCUUACCCAAUUCACCUAUAGCGCAUGACUCGUGGGAAACCGGAGCACCCGGAGGAAACACACGUGAACGCAGGGAGAACGUGCAAACUCCACACAGAAAUGCCAACUAACCCAGUCGAGGCUCGAACCAGAGACCUUCUUGCUGUGAGGCGAUUGUGCUACCCACUGUGCCACCACAUCACCCUGUGUUUUUUUUACGUUAAUGAAAAUAUUGUUAGUCCAUGUUAACCAUUAUCAACUUGGAUUUGAAUAAUGUUGAACUAUGAUUAAUAAA